GUUGCACAGGCCCUCCCCUCUCCUCGAAAAGUGGGGGGAUAUAUAACCCAUCCCCCCGGAUUUACGCCAGUGUAUCGGAGGGAACUGGAACCGCCUGUGGCCUGCAAAAAUUAUUCUGAUUCGAAGGCCUGUAAUUUCCUUAUCAAGCAGAGAAAGAAAAACAAAACUACAACGUCAUCAUUUCGGGACAAUUACUGUAAAACAAUCGCGCGUCAUUUUUUAAAGUUCCCCAAAUCGACCAUGGUCAAGCUCGGGUACGUUAAAUUGAAAUAAAGAUUCUGGAAUGCUUAUUAAAUUUACGCUAUUUAUUUUGGCCCUUUGUAUCAAAUCUACUGAUGAUUCGUAAUAUUACCUACAUUUGCUGGGAAUUUCGGUAUAAAUUUGUGCACCUGUGUAAGUGAUAAACAUUCACAGCAAUACUAGAUUUUAAAGAUUCCAUUGGUUUGAAGAAUUUUAAAAUAGGAGAGUGAGCAAAACGAUACUAACAGGCGUUGCUAACAGGGUUGCCAGGCGCGAAAAUCCGAUUUAGCUCCGCCCAGUUUUCACACUUACGGGGGAUUAACGUUUACGCGCCGGCGCGGCACGGGCAUGCAUGCAAUAGCAUUAUGCAAGCGCAGCGCAAUUGGCCAAAAGUGAAGUUCGCUAUUAUUUAUCAGAUCGAUCACAUAUAGCACACGUACUUUCAUUAUCGUCACGCCAUUUAACUAAAUUAGUUCAGCUUCGUAAUCUGUAUCAUCAGUUUUUACGCAAACACAUAUAAGGACAGUGGUACUGAUAAUAUCAAGUUAUUUACGACAUGUCUACGGAAAAAACUGGAGAUGCCCUGGCAGCAUCAAAACAACUUCCCGAAGUUGAUUUGAGCUGGCUUUCUACGCCCACUGGUCUAACGAAGAAGAGGAAGGAGCACACCCACACAGCUUUGCCCAAGCGCCGAGGCCAGCCCGGACGACCGUCGGUUCGAGAGCGAUUUCCUGAGGUCCUUCCUGCAGCCACUCGCUUUAUCAACGAUAACGGCUUCAGGGCGCAUCGCCGUCGUCGAGAAACAGGAACGUGCGGGUCUACUCUGCGUAACAUCAAACAACAUUUGAAAGAGAACAUUCCUGGACUUCAAGAUUCUCAUCCUAAUCUCAGUGACCGGACUGUGGCUAGAUGGAUGAUGCCACCCAAUCGUGCUUUCCAUGCGUCUAAGUCAUAUGCAGGACUUAUAGAUGCCCGAGUCCCGGCAAAAGACAAUUCUGGACGGAAAGACAAUGACAAUAGUCAUUUCUACUCUGCAAGGGUGCGAUACGUCAUGGAAUGUGCUUCCAAACAUAACCAAGAGGUCCUUAUCUACAGUGCAGAUAACAAGAAUAAAAUCAAGGUUGGAGAUUCUACACUAGCAGUGGACCGUCGCAUCGCUAUCAGGAGAAUUUUCCCCUGUGAGGACACACCUAUUUACCAAGAUCAUGACUUCCCCACUCCUGGAUACCUGUUGGUCCCAUCAGGUUACUUGGAACUGGAUCCGUCAACACUGCAGACCACAGACAACUAUGGGAGAGAUCAUUAUGUAUUUCCCCAGCCUGGAUCUUCUAGUGUAUUUAUUCGGAGCCCCCAUUCUCCAUGUAACGUCGCAACGCAUCUCCAUGACAUGACAAGCAUCCUGGACAAGAAGGAAGCUCCAAGGAAGUCUGUUCUAUUCCUUGUUGUAGAUGGUGGGCCCGAUUUUAAUGUUAACCACUGGAUCAACUUGUUCUAUUACGGGAGAUUUUUCAGAGACACCAACCUAGAUGCUCUUCUUGUUACGUCAUACUGCCCUGGGGACUCCGCUUUAAACCCGAUCGAACAUCUGUGGGCGCCUUGCACGCAUGCAUUGACAUCGGUGUAUCUUCCAUCGACCUUAGAUGGUGAAGUGAAUCCUCCAUGCGCCCAGAGUGGACUGUCGGCAGAAGAGAGGCUGAGAAAGGAGCAUCAAGUAUUCAACAAAGCUGCUGCUUCUAUAAGAGACAUUCAUUGGAGACAUCUCCAGUUCAAUGGACAGAGAGUGAAUGUUUGCUGCGUUCCCAGCGGAGUGACGAGUGGCAGUGAGGAGUACGACAGAAUCAAACAAGCUCUUGGAGGUUCAGGAAAGACCUUGAAGGACAGCGACUACUAUAAUGAUUUCAAGUUCUGUAUGUCACACAUUGAUAGGCGUAUAGGUACAGUUAUAUUUAGCAAGUGCCAGCAAGAUGAAUGUACACACUGCAUGAGGAACCCUCCUCGAGCUUCACCUGGACUCAUGGACUGUUUGAGGUCAUUUCCAACGCCCCAGCCGAGCACAACAGCACCAGGGCAUUUUCUUACGUUCAAGGAGUCGCUGCUUGCCCCACGUGCCGAACCAUGUGAGCACCUACCACAGUACAGGAGCAAAGGCCUUGGAAGAUGCUGUAUCCCAGGGUGCAAGUAUGUUUUUAGUAGUCAAAAGGAUGUAAUCGACCAUCGUCGGAAGUUCCAUCGUUAAAUAUUUGAAUUUCCAUCUUAUGUCUGCAUAGCAGAACCCAGGAUAAUAACAUUUUUCUGCUACUGAACAAAGAUUAGGAAUCUGGAUUGUUAACAUAACUUUUCAAGUAUGAGAAUUUAUUUCAUAAAGCUUGGAAGUGCAUGAAUAUCAGGCCAGAUGACCGAUGCCUGGUCAGUGUCAAGAAACUUUGUCUGCACCAAAAUGUUGGUCAAGAUAAUGAUUAAAAUUCUAGUAAACAACAUUAGAAUUUUGUUGUCAACGUUUCCCCCGCUAAUUAUCUAGUGAUAGCAAUUCACAUAAACCUAGUUUGUUACUAAAAAAGGGAAGUAACAAAAAUGAUAAUAACCUUGGUUCAUACCACCCCCCCCCAAAAAAAAAAAAAUAAUGUCAAAACUUUUUAAUUACGUUUUUAACAAAUCAAAACCAAGACAAAAUUUACACAGGUUUAUUAACGGAUAGCGAUUCACAUAAACCUAGCUUGUUACACAAAAAGGGAAAGUUACAAAAAUGAUAGUAACAUUGUUUCAUAUCACCACUCACAUGUACUCCCCCAAAAAAGAAAUCUGGCUAAGUUAAUUUAUUUGGUAAAUGAUGUACAGGCAACACAAGAUAUACAAACUAGGAUUAUGAGAUGAUUUUCCAAAAAGUAUCGAAAAUAACAUACAGAAAAUACAAAACAAUUUUGAAUUUUUUGAAGAAAAAGUGCAGUGUAUAUCAAGUAUUAAAACUGAAGUAUUAGUUGCAUGACAAAAUAUAAAAUAAUUUAAAUAUGUUGAGUACACUGUAUAGUAUUACUAGAGACUAGGGCAUUGAGCCUGACAUACAAAAUGUAUGUUUGUGACCUUGUAACCUGCUGACAUUAUACGAAAAACCAAAUUAAGUGGACUCAUAUAUUCACCUUUGCACUUCUAUGUUGAUAUUUUUAGCAUUUAUUGUCGUAAACUCAUUCAAUUUACUGGUGGAUUUGAAACAGUGUAAUUGACACAAUUUUGCCAAAACUAUCCUUAUGGCGAGAAGCGUUCUUUUUUAUUUGUUAAAAUUCCAAUGCCAUAUAUUUCUUUUUUUGAGGUGCGUACUCACUAUUGGUUUGGAAGGUCACAGUUUUAUUUAAUUGACAGUAUUUUUAAAGCGUACUGUCUACAUUCUUUGACUCAUUAAUGUAGAGACAGUUUUUAUUUUGUAGAGACAGACUUAGAUUUAUUUCCAUAAAACAAUGGUGAUUAAUUUGUACUUGACAAUAUUGUUACAAAUUGUGUUGUUAUAAUUUCUAGGUACUGUGUCAUCGACAGUGGAAUAAAGUUUCUUGUAUUUUUAUGUGACAUUUUUGUACAUAUGCUUUUUUUGUUCUUAAAGAGAUUAAGAGUUGUGUUGAAAUAAAAAGAAAAUUUAAAAAUAUAUUACUUUAAAAGCUAAUUCCAGUGCAGAGUCUGAGAAGUGGAUGUAGUUUGCAAGUGGGGAAGAAAUGAGUAAGUGAAGAAUGUGGUCAGUGUUCUGAAAAAGGGUAAUUGAUUGGUACGAAGUCCGCACAUUAUGAGAGUACCCCCCCC